CUGGCCGAAGCGGACAACCAAAACAAUCGUUGUGUUUUCCGAGACCUCUGCUUGUCGACUCACCCAGUCACCUCUCACGCCUCAUCCAUCAUGAAGUUCGACAGCUUGACUGCGCUCGUUGCCAUCUCGACCGCCUUCCUGGGUGCGUCUGCAGGUCCAAUGGCGGCAAAACGGCAAGACAGCUCAGCGACUUCAGCCAGUUCCUCAGCUUCCUCUUCGUCUACCGCAUCAUCUACCUCCUCUUCGGCUUCCACCCCUCAAAUCUCCGAAGGUCUCGUUCCAACCACUCUCAGCGACGGCACCGUAACGACCACAUCGGUCCGGGACCCCCAAUUCACAGAGACUUCCUCUACAAGUUCCGACACCACAUCAUACACCUUUUCGCGAACAGGCCUGCCCGUUCCCGCGAGCACAAACUUCCCUCAAUGCCACGACACCGGUGCGAAGCCUUUCUGUCUGCCCAACAACAACACUCCUGUCUACGUUGGGAAGACGUACUAUGCCACCUGGAACGCCGACUUCUUCCCGCCCAAUUCCACGGUUCAGAUCAAGGUUCAAUGGACCAAUGAUUCCAAGGUGGAAACAUAUUCAUCGGAGAACAUCCCCAACCAGCUGGGCUACGCUGCUGUGAGCAUGGAAAAGGAUUGGCUUCAGGGCUACGACCUAUAUAACCUGACUUUUCGCGCUGUGAACUUCGACAGCGGUAAUCCCAAGAAAAAGGCCGAGGUUUUCGACGGCCCAAUGGUUACUCUUGGCUACGCACCCAUUGAGCAUUACCCUCCAUCCCGGCCAACACAAUUCAACAAAGAGGGCUUGAUGAUUGGACUACCCGUCACCCUUGGAUUUGUUCUGAUCGUUGUCGUCGGUCUGUACAUUGGCAUGCGUAAGAACCGUAUCAUCGGCGUCGGAAACAUCAUGGGACGCAAACGUGGUUACGGCGCGGGCAAGAGCAGGAGACAGCGUAUGGGUCUGGGCAAGAAGGGUGCUAUCAGGCUAGAAGAUAGGGAAGCAUCUCGUGCACAGUAUACUCCUGCCAACGGGCACAGUCGUGGCGAUAGCCUUGGGAGUCUUGUUAGCGACGAUGGUCGUCCGGCGCCAGGUACAAACCAUUUCAGGGAUGAGAUCCAGCGACAGCAGACCGGCCGUUGA